GCUGGCGGCAACUGGAUGGUGGCUCACCCCGCGUUCACUGAGAUGAUGUCCCUUGAUGUAUCAGACAGUGCUCAGAUCUAUGCUGCAUUCCUAGUUUACCUGGACCUCUUAGAAGGGAGAAACUGGCAUGAAGUCAAGUAUGUUGGAUUAGCAGAACUGCAGCUGGUGUGUCUACAUGCACGUGAAAGAGAAGAGGACAGUCAAAUAGUGGUGGUGCCAGUACCUGUGCACAUAUCACUAAGUCAUGAAAGGAUAAGAGAAAUCUUACAGAAAGCCUCUCUUCCGCCAGACAAACCCGACACCCCRCAGUCAGUCACUCUGGCCAUAGUAGAGUCAGAUUCCACAGUAGUCUACUAUAGAAUGACUGAUGGCUUUGUAAUGCCAGAUCCUCCUGACGAUACUGAAAACAUUGACAAUAAACAAUGGAGAAAGAAAAGAAAGAAGCUUUUCAAAUGAUUAAGACAAAUAGACUUUUCUUGAGCUGCCGUCCUCAAAUUUAAACAAAUCCAGGAACUUACACAUGUAAAUAAGUAGUGUGAUGAAGUCUU